GCCUAAAAGUGGACGUCUGGGCUGCAGGGGUCAUAACAUAUAUUUUACUUUGUGGAUUCCCUCCAUUUGUCAGUCCAAGCAACAACCAAGAAGAAUUAUUUGACAAGAUCCUAAGUGGACAUUUUGAAUUCAUUUCACCAUUCUGGGACGAGGUUACGAGUUCCGCGAAGGACUUGAUUGAACACAUGCUUCAGGUAGAUCCAGAAAUGAGGUUCUCCGCUGCCGAGGUUUUGGACCAUCCUUGGGUUGCUAAUGACACUGCGAAAGAUAACAAAUUACAUGUGGCCAAGGAAUUGAACCAAUAUUUCACACGUACCAAAAAACCAAAAGAUGGUUUGGCAGUCAUAGCAUCGACUGCUCUCGAUAAAGGGUCCAAGUACUUCCGGGGCCGCGGAGCCUUUACUGUGCACCCGAAACAGGACGAAGUCUUUUAAGCUCCACCAAUGUUCCUUCCACAUCUACUUUUAUUGAAUUUUCAUUGAAACACAACAACAACAACAACAACAACAACAACAACAACAACAAGAAGCACAAAGCUAUUUGAAUUCUCGGCGACUCCAGCAAUAGCAAGAACACUAAAAAAAAAACUGCAGUGGAUGCGCAAUGGCCCGGUGGUUAGGGCAGCGGACUCGUGGUCGGAGGAUCGCGGUUUCGAUUCCCAGACCGGGCGUUGUGUGUGUUUAUUGAGCGAA